ACAUAACAGAGUAUAAUGUGUUAUUCGUGAUGCUCUUUAUGCGUUGCCAUUCCUAAGGUGUGGUGCUUCUGUUCCCUGUAAUUUUAAUAUGAAACAGGUUUAAAAUAACCUAAAUGUUUAUAAACACAUAUACAAACCUAUAAAAACACAUAUAAGCCUAUGAAAACAUAUGAGUUCUAAAAGAGAGGAAUUGUGGCGGGAGAAUUAUAGAAGAAGAAUGCGAUUGCGCCGUAAAAGGAUCAGUACUGGACAGUUGAUAAGAAAGAGUUUUGUGGAGAUGUUUAGAGAGUAUAUGUGCCACUCGUCUAUUGCUGGCAUUCAGAAAAUUGGUGAUACUAAUAUCAAAAAAGGGUUAAGAGUGAUGUGGACUUCUAUAUUAUGUGUUAUGUUCGGUAUAACUUAUUACUUUACAUAUUACACAUGGUCGGAAACAUUGUCUAAACCCUUCAUCGUUACCAUGGAAUCUUCUACGUAUUCAAUAUCGAAUAUAGAUUUUCCAGCAAUCGCUGUGUGCAAUUCAAACAGGAUAAGUAGAAAAGCACUAGAAGCGAUCGUGAAUAAUAUUCAUUCACAUCGCAACUUCACCUCAAAGGAAUUAGAAUGGUUCUACAUAGAACACGGCCGACUUCUGGAUUACACUUGGAAUGAUGGUCUACUAAUGCUUCCUGGCAUGGAAUAUUAUAAUUCAAUGUACUAUAAGAACAGUCAUAAAAUAAUAGAAGUAAUGGAACAGCUUGCACCUAACUGUGAUGAAAUGCUGUUGAGCUGCAUGUGGGGAGGUGACAUGGUGAAUUGCAGCGAAAUAUUCAGUGUGCGGCGUACCGUACGAGGCCACUGCUGCGUUUUUAAUUACGUUUUGGACUACAAUUCAGCAGACAGCAGGCAAAAUCAGACGAUUGCAGAUGUGAAGAAACAGUAUCAAGCGGGAUUUUUUAAUGGACUGAAUGUCUUCCUAGAUCCAAUAGUUGAGGAUUACGUCUACCCAAUAAACAAUAUUGAAGGAUUUGAUGUCUUGUUGUUUGAUUCUACACAUUUCGCUGACCCAAGCGGCGGUCGGGUGAUACAUCGCAUCGUGGAAAUAAACAAGGCCAUCUUUAUCGAACUGCAGUCAGUAAAACAAACAGCUACGGCUGAAGUUCGGAAAUAUUCACCGACUACGGUACCAUGUUAUCCACAUCAACAGAGAAACUGUUUAUUCCGUGACGAGCGACGAGACUUCGGCAAUGUGUAUUCGUACAGUGCUUGUAUUGUGAAGUGCAGGAUAACCACCGUGAAAUCGCUAUGUAAAUGCACGCCAUACUUUCUACCUACCACCGAAAAUGACGGCCCAAUAUGUAGUUUUGAUCAAUUGAGGUGUUUACAUAAAUACAAAGAAAAAUUUUUAUAUAUUUUUCCAAUGCAUGCUACAGACACUAAUGGCUUAGAAUUAGAAAUGGAAGAUUCACUAUAUUGCCCCGAAUGCUUACCUGACUGCGAGUUCACACAGCAUUACACGAGAGUAUCCAAAAUACCUCUUAAGAUACACAAUUCGUAUGCACAGAAGCAAUUUAAAGGGAUUCUGUUUAAUGGCCUUAAUGAUAUUAAUUUAACAAAUAAAUGCUUUGUAAGCAUCUACCAAUCGACACCUGAUGGCAAUUUGGAUCGUUUGGACGUAGUGUCCUACUGGUUUGAAAUACUUAGUACAUUUGGCGGUUUUGCAGGCAUCGUCAUUGGAUUUUCUAUCAUUAGCGUAGUGGAACUUAUUUAUUUCCUUUACAUCCGAUUUUUUAUAAUACUAUAUAUCAAUUUAAAAAAAUAUUAAUAGGUUUAUUAAUACUUCAAGCGAUUUGCAUUGCCAUGAUUGUAAUUUCUAAUUAAAAUUAUUGUAAUGUUAUUAAGAAUUUCGUUCUGUUAGUGUAUGUUGCAAUUAAGGUACUUUCAUAAAAUAUUCUAAUAUAGCUCAACCAACUUCUCUAUAUAUUAUUCUACUAAACAUUGUUAGGUAAGUUUAAAAAUAAUAUAUUAUAAAUAAAUCACAUUGUUCAUAUAUUUUAAAUAUUCAUAUAAUUUAUUUUUAAAAAAGCUGAAUGCCCUAUGAUUCCUUUGUUUCAACGGUUAAUUAAAAAAAGAAGCAAUGUGCAUUUACAAAGUAUGUUAUAGUAAACUGAAGUACUGCAACUAAA